UGUUCGAUCUCGCUCCUACAGAUCAGCCAUGCCGUCGACUCGCCUCUACGUGAAGAGCCGCAUUCUCGGUCAGCAAAGGGGCAAGCGCGAAGUCAGGACGAACACCAACCUCGUCCAGAUCGAGGGCGUCGCCAACGCUGAGGAGGCGAGGUUCUACGAGGGCAAGCGCAUCGCGUACGUCUACACCGCCGAGAAGGCGAUCAACGGCUCGAAGGUCCGCAUCAUCUGGGGCAAGGUCACCCGCCCGCACGGCAAGUCGGGCGUCGUCCGCGCCCAGUUCCGCCGCAACCUCCCGCCCAAGGCGUUCGGCCACUCGGCCCGCAUCAUGCUCUACCCCUCGAACAUCUAAACUCGCCAUUCCAGCGGUUUCAGGUCUCCUCGAGUAGCGCGUGCUUGUCAACGACGAUGGUUCUUUCCCUGCC